CUGUUUGUCAAAGAAGAGAGCCAAGACAAGUCACCGGGAUAAGAGAAGGUCCUAUCCUAAUAAGCCGGGGUGUACAUUUAAAUAUUUUCCGACACUUUUCCGAAAUAUAAAUGUAGUUGCUGAAGAUACACAAUGAAAUAUUAACAAAAUGAUUACUUUCACCGAAGGUUUAUCCUCAAAACAACACAACCCCAAAACCCAAGACUUCAAUGGCUACCAUUCAAAAUUCUCAAAUCUUCCCACAACAACCAAAUCCCACAUUCAAAACCCAUUUCAGAACUGUUGUUACAGUCUGCCAAAGGCAGCAAAAACCCAAAAACAACAAACCCUUUGAGGAGAAGAAGUUAGCUUCAGUUGACUAUAACAAAGGGACACAUAAAGUAGCUGUGAAAAUCAAUGGAUUUCGCAAAUCUGAUUUGCCUAAACACCAAAAAUUACGGGUCCAAAGUGAUAGGUUUCAGAAAGAUUGGGCUAUUUCUGAACUUGUGGAGAAGAUUAUGAAGCUUAAUCCUUGGGAUGAUGAUAUUGAAGGUUUAUUGAAUUGUUGGGUUGGCCGUUUUGCAAGAAAAAACUUCCCUAUUCUUAUCAAGGAAAUAAGUCAAAUGGGUUCAAUUGAACAUAGCAUCCAAGUUUUCAAUUGGAUGAAAAGUCAGAAGAAUUAUUGUGCAAGAAGUGAUAUCUACAACAUGAUGAUCAGGUUACAUGCUAGACAUAAUCGGGUUGAUCAGGCACGUGGCUUGUUUUUUGAGAUGCAAAAGUGGAGGUGCCAACCUAAUGUUGAGACCUACAAUGCCCUUAUCAGUGCACAUGGUAGAGCUGGUCAAUGGCGCUGGGCAAAGAAUAUCAUGGAAGACAUGCUCCGUGCUGCUAUUCCACCAAAUCGUUCAACUUACAACAACUUGAUCAAUGCAUGUGGAUCUAGUGGAAAUUGGAGAGAGGCUCUUAAAGUUUGCAAAGAAAUGACUGAAAACGGAGUUGGACCUGACCUGGUGACGCAUAAUAUUGUCUUAUCUGCCUAUAAAAAUGGGGAACAGUAUGCAAAAGCCCUUUCCUAUUUUGAACUUAUGAAGGGAACUAAAGUCCGUCCUGACACUACGACCCUUAAUAUUGUGAUACACUGUCUUGUAAAGCUUGGGGAAUAUGAGAAAGCUGUUGAGAUAUUUAACUCAAUGAGAGGGAAACGAGCUGAAUGUAAUCCUGACAUAGUCACAUUUACAACUAUCAUGCACAUGUAUUCUGUUUCUGGCCAGAUUAAAAACUGCGAGGCUGCUUUUAACACAAUGAUUGCAGAAGGUCUGAAACCUAAUAUCGUUUCAUAUAAUACCUUAGUAGGUGCUUAUGCUUCACAUGGGAUGGCUCAGGAAGCUUUGUCAAUUGUUGAUGAGAUGAAAACUAAUGGCAUCCGCCCCGAUGUUGUGUCUUAUACGUCUUUACUCAAUGCCUAUGGGAGAUCAGAACAGCCUGAAAGGGCCAUGGAAACAUUUGAAAGGAUGAAAAGAAACAAUUUGAAACCAAAUUUGGUUAGUUAUAAUGUACUAAUUGAUGCUUAUGGAUCUAAUGGUCUUCUGGACAAGGCUGUCCAAGUGCUGCGUGAAAUGGAACAUGAUGGCUUACAGCCCAAUGUUGUUACUAUUUCUACCUUAUUGGCUGCAAGUGGUCGCUGUAGUCAGAAAGUGAACAUUGAUUCCAUCCUAACGGCUGCGAAAAUGCGGGGAAUUGAGUUGAAUACGGUCGCCUAUAACUCCGCUCUUGGGAGUUAUCUGAAUGUUGGUGAAUAUGAAAAAGCGUUGGCCCUAUACAGGUCAAUGAGGAAAAAUAAAGUUAUGCCUGAUCCUGUGACGUAUAAUGUGUUGAUAAGUGGUUGUUGUAGAAUGUCAAAUUAUUCGGAUGCACUUGAAUUUCUUGAUGAGAUGAUAGAUCUGAAGAUUCCUUUGACAAAGGAGGUGUGUUCCUCUGCGAUAUGCGCUUACACUAAGCAGGGUCAAUUUGACAAGGCAGAAUCUAUGUUUUCGAUGAUGAAAAUGGAAGGCUUUCAUCCUGAUGUCAUUGCCUAUACAACAAUGCUAAAUGCAUAUAGUGUUGGAGAGAACUGGGAGAAAGCUUUUGCAGUAUUUCAAGAUAUGGAAUUGAAUGAUGUUCACCCAGAUGCUAUUGCUUGUUCAGCUCUCAUGAGGUCUUUUAAUAGAGGAUGCCAACCUGACAAAGUUUUGCUUGUGGCGGAUUUUAUGCGAGAGAGAAAUAUCCCUUUCACCGAGGCUGUUUUAUUUGAAUUGGUCUCCGCCAGCAGCAUGUUACGAGAUUGGAGGAUGAUUACAGAAAUUAUUACAAUAAUGGAGGCUUCACUCUCGUAUGUGUCUGUUGGAACUCUAAACCAGCUUCUGCAUAGUAUUGGCAAAUCUGGGAAGAUUGAAACCAUGAUAAAAUUUUUCUAUAAGGUAGUCACAUCAGGCGCAGAAGUUAACUUAGCAACCUAUUCAGUUCUGCUGAAAAAUCUUUUGGCUGCUGGAAAUUGGAGGAAAUAUGUUGAGGUGUUGGAGUGGAUGGAGGAUGGAGGGAUUCAACCAGCAAGUAAUAUGUAUGAGGAUAUACUCUUCUUUGCUCAACAUAGUGCGGGGACUGAAAAUGCUGCUGUAAUAAAACAACGACUAGGAUCCUUGAGAAAGAAAUCGGGACAUGAAACAGCGAAUGAGCUGCAGUUAAGAUAAUUGUUGCCAUCAUACCAACACCUUGAGCUGCUUGGGCAUAUUAUCAAGUCAACGAUCUACUGCAGUUCCAAUCCAAAAGGUGGCUAUCCAAGUUAAACUUUGUUCGCGACAAACAAAAUGUAUUCCUUCAUUGGAUCAUGCAAAGAAAAGUUAACCAUUUGAGUUUGCUGAUUAGUUAAUCUGAAGGGAAAUGAUCAUGGUUGUGUCAUCUUCAUUUCUGUUCGUUGCCUUUGAAGUCGUAUAUGCAAGUUUAAAGUCCUGUCAUGACGAAUUACAGUGAGAUAGAACUGGAUGAACCAAUUCGCAGACCAAAUAUUGUAGAUGAAGCAGCAAAAACAGCAGCCUCCCAGCAUUUGACACCACCUAUUAGUGAUCGAAAAUCAUGGGGACAGCCAAAAUAUUUUACGUGUUGGUCUAUUGAAAACAGCCUCUCUACUGAUACCGUAGGGGUAAGGUUUGCGUACUAUCUAUCCUUCCCACACCCCACUUGUGGGACUAUAUUGGGUUUUUUGUUGUUGCAUUAUUUAUCAAGGUUUCCUCAAUUGUUCCUGGAAAGAGCUGUAAAUUUGCUAGGGCUAUUAUACGGUGAAUAAUAAUGCACGAAUUACUACGUAGUGCA